UACCUAGGUACGAAUUCGUGCAUUGGCUGCUCUAAUUGCCUUUCCUACCAGGCUCUCCGGAGUUUUGGUCUCUUUUUUUAUUGUUUUUGACACGCCGAACAUAUUUGGAGCGUUUUUUUGUCUGUAUCAUUGUAUUUUAUCGCGUUUGCCACCCCAUAGUCCCCACGGCACACGCCAUCCCUUAAGGUUGAGGCACGCGUCGUGAAGUAAACACAACAAAUACCGACUCCAACUCGGGAAACCUUCCCACACCACCAUCUCAAAUAUGUCCAUCGUAUCACCAACGCCUAUGGGCGGAAGCCAGUUCACGACAUUGGGCAGGCGGACGUCGACGAGGCAGGCUUUGAGGCGCCCGCCAUCGCGACAGCAACUAUCCCAUCGGCCAACGUCCGACUCGAAUCCGAUUGGCAGUUCUCGAGCUACAGACAGCAACCUCCAGGGUGGCGCACAAAAAUACGUCAACGACAACGACAGCUCCGACGAAGAGAUUCCCGUGCCUAUGAAGCUCAGCGCUCUCACCAAAGCACUCCUUGACGAUGGCGGUCCCUCUGCUGCUGCUGCCAAUGCGGCCCAACCAGCAGCGAUUCCUACGCGCAACAUGAGCUAUCUCGAUCGGGGUUUGGAGCAUAAGGACUCAGAGAGGGAGGUCAGCACCUUGCGUGAAAGUCGUCGCAAUGUGCGGGCUGGCAGCGCGCAGCUCACCUCGUCACCAAACCGCGGUGUUGAGCCCAGCUCUGCUCCAAGGAAGAGGGUUGUCCGUCUAAGCUCCACCAACGUAAGCGUCAACACCACUCCUGGUGGGUCUAGCCUUCAAAGCAAGGUUCGGAGGUCAUCCACUCAUAAAAGAGCGCCGAGCAAGGACAGAACGGAUGAGAGAAACAAGGUAUCGGGCCCCGAGCCGGUCGUCAGUCAGGACUCUACUGCAGCCGCCGACUCUGUUGCUGGUAUAAAUACCCCUGUUUCCGGCGCCAGGAGAGUGCGCAUUGUUUCUAACUCCUCGGCCACUCGAGGUAGGACGCAUGGGUCUACUCUCAGGUCGUCCAGCUCGGCCGGCACAUCUCGGCUUCCCAGCUCCGCUGCGCACAGUGACCAUGAGCAACCAGAAGAGCCGAGGACGGAGCACAGGACAAGGACAUCACUGAACAACAGCAGCGGCGCCAACACCGCAAGGAAACCUGACGAUGCCGCUCCUCAGAGCUUGAUGCGCAUGAAGCGAAUCGGCCAGCUUCCUGGGAGCUUUCUUAGUGGUCCCGCCCGCCGAGGUAGGAGACGGCAGAGCGAUGAGGAGGAAAACGCACCAGCAGAUGAACAAUAUCCGGAUCAAUAUAUGCAUGGACUGCGGGAACAUGAACCUGAAAGCAUUGCGAGGCAUCAGCCUGGAUCAGGUGCCGGCUCCUCAUUUCGCCUGUCCAGCUAUAGAGACCAAGCUGCCGCAUCCGGAAGCCCAGUCAGCAUCAAGGAUCCGGCACGAGCUGCGCUCCGUAACAAAACAUCACCGGGUUCCUCUGCAAAGACAGACGCCGAGACUAAUAAGGAGAACGUUCCGCCUGAAGAAGCACAUGAACCCGCACCCGUCUUUCAGCCGGUGCUUCCGUCCGCACUUGACCAGGAGAACGCCGUCUCAGCCGCUGUUGCUAGGUCAAAAGAAGUCAUUUCCAUGCAUGAGAAGUUGGCCAGCAGAGAUCCUGCGCCACUCCCUCAAGUACAAGCACCUGUGAUACCAAAGCAAAGGGCGCCAUCACCAGACCGCAAAGUUCUCUCUCACAUGAGCAGAAAUACCCCAUUGAGGCCAGCCCCCCCUCCUCCGCCCAAAAUGAGCGUAUUGGAUGCUGUUACUUCCACCGCCGGGGCCGCUACCACCGCCCAAGCCAUCAAGAAGCAGCGAGUGCUUCUCAAGGUCAACGGGCGGGCAUAUAAUAGGCUGGACUGCAUUGGUCGAGGCGGCAGUGCAAAGGUCUAUAGGGUAACAGCUGAGAACGGCAAGAUGUUUGCUCUCAAACGAGUGUCCCUUGAGAAUGCCGACACCACGGCGGUCAAGGGAUUUUUGGGCGAGAUUGAACUGCUCAGACGCCUUUCCGGGGUUGACCGCGUCAUCCAAAUGUACGACUCUGAACUCAACCAGGAGAAGAAGUUGCUCAGUGUGCUUAUGGAGAUGGGUGAGCUUGACCUAGGCGAUCUGCUCAAAUCAAGGCAUAGCCAAGAGGACUAUAAACUCGACACUGUCUUUGUUCGCUUCAUAUGGAAGGAGAUGCUGGAGUGUUUGCAGUCCGUACAUGCCUGUGACAUCGUUCAUUCCGAUCUCAAGCCAGCAAAUUUUGUCAUGGUUAAAGGGCGACUGAAGCUCAUAGAUUUUGGCAUUGCUGGCGCCAUCCAGACGGACGAGACGGUCAACGUCCACCGUGAAAAUCAAAUAGGGACGCCAAACUAUAUGUCCCCCGAAUCGCUCAUGGACUCUGCUCACUAUUCAGCCACAGCGGCCAAUAACGGACGUCCUGACCGAUCACUCAACCGGACGAGGGUGAUGAAGCUGGGCAAGCCCAGCGACGUCUGGAGCUUGGGAUGCAUUCUAUAUCAACUAGUAUACGGAACGCCGCCCUUCGGGCAUAUCCCAAACCAGCUGGCUCGCUGUCAGGCCAUCAUUGCGUGGGAUCACAAGAUCAGCUUCCCCGAGAAGGGCGCCGGCGGCGUCUUCGUCCCACCUUCGCUCGUCCGAACGAUGAAGAGGUGUCUGAUUCGCGACCAACAAUACCGGCCGACCUGCGAGGAGCUCCUCACAGAGACUGACCCUUUCCUCUAUCCGCAAGAGGUCGACAUGGACCGCGUCCUGCCCAUGACGGAGGAGCUUCUGGCAAGGGUCAUCCACAGCGUUGUCAACCGCUGUCGCGACCGCAUGCCGACCGAUGGCGAGCUCAUGACGGCGUGGCCAAACGCAUACUGGGCUUCGGUGAAGAAGAGUGUGGGGAGCAAGGAAGCGAGAUCGUGACGAUAAUAAUGAAUACUGUAAUGAUGGACGAAAAAGUGCUUGUUUGUUUACAUUAUACCACCAACCCCCUCAAGUUGGAUUUAGUAGCGGGGUUGGUCUGUUUCUUUUUUGCUUCCUGCUUAGCUGGAACCUGUCCUUGUAUUUCGUCAUGGCGUUUCUUGUCAAUAUCCAUAUUGCGUUUCUUGCCAUUUUUCAAACUUAAUUCACCCUGUACAGCUUGAUUGUGUUUAUUCCCUUGUUUUCGCCAUUACAGUCACUUGUUAGUCGGAACAAAAACAUGUUUCUCACUGGCUACAAAGGCAUUAUUGAAACAACAUCACAUUUCGGAGCGUCUUGCAUUUUACCAAUACAUUCGACAAGCUACCUAAGGAGGAAGGAGACUCCGACCAAAAAGAAUUCGCCUCGAUUCUAUAUUUUUAUACACGUGUUGGUAACAUAGUCGAUACAAACGAAACAUAUUAUGGC